AUGUCUGUGAACGUUCCCACAAAUCCUAAACAGAAGGAGAAGGAUAUCAACCAGAAGCUUCAAUUCUUUGGUAUCUACCAUGCCUUCAAGAAUAGCAAGCUCCCCUCGAACAAGCAAUGCGACAUUGCUUUGAACAGUGUCUUGAACUCCAAGGCCCUCAAAUCUCCACCAAAGGAGCUCUCACGCGAUGGAAAGGUCCUUGUGGCAGAUCUGCGCAAUGUCAUCGACGCAGCGAAGAAUAUGCUCUUGGUCAAGAACGAGGGUAACCUCCUGCAAGACUUUGUCUGGCAAGCCCAGAGGAUGUCCACUGGCAAUGCGGAUGCCAAUCGCCCUGGGCUCCCCAUCGACAAGGAAGCCGGUCAGCAAGAUGCUAGCAAGGCCAUUGAUGGCCUCAAGACCCUGGGCACGCUCAUGAUCACCAACGGAGAGUUUAGAAAACUACUGAGCGACGCCAUGACACUGGGCAAAGACAUUGCGGCCGAUGCUUCUCAAAAGGCCGCCAACCAGGUUCGCCCUUCGCAGGAUGAGCUUUCGCAGAUCGACCAACCUGCAGAGGACAACGUGUGGCACGAGAAACCCAAUGUCUCCAAGGAUGACCUAAAGUCCAAAUUUAAGAAGAACAAGGCUGAUAAGGGAAGCGCUGCUUCCGCUUCCGCUGGGGUUGCCGAGGAAGAGACUGGCGUGUCGCCGCAGAGCAAGAAGAGGGAAUUAUCCGACAGGACCAAGGCUUACUUGUCCGAGAAAGUUCCCAAGGAGCGUCGCGAGCAGACCAUCUGGCGCCUGAAGAAGAUGAUCAUUGAAAUCCAGGGUCAUGAAGACUACCAGCAAGCCGUUGAGACCCUAUUGAACAUGGCUGAGCAAUACGCCGGACACACCAGAGACCUUUCCAAGGAGGGCAGUAGCUCUGCCCGUGACGUCCUGAAGAGCGACGAUGUUCAGGCUGUUCAGUACAAUUUGCGCACUCUUAUCGAACGCUUUGCCAACCACACCUCUCUAGACGGCUUCUUCGAAUCGCUCAACGCCAUUUACCGUGAGGCUGAGAAGGACCCCGAACUCCGAAACUGGUUCAAGAACGUCAGCAACUUGAUUCGCAAAUCUCUGCGCGAACAGGGCUUCAUCAUGGAAGAGGAAUGCAACCGCCAGUGGAACGAUCUUUACGACAAGGGCCGUUACCUCCUGCGCGAGCGUUACCGCGGUUACUCCGACCGCAUUGUCGACGAGGUCAAGUUCUUGGGUGACCAAUUUGAGCAGGACGUGCAAAACCAGGCCCUUGCCGAGUCGUUCCAGAAGCUAUUCAAGGAUCUGGGCCACGAUUCCAGUGGCAGGCCUACCUUUAAGCCGGAUCUUCUUCGGGAUCUCCGCGAUGUCAUCAUUCCGCAAUUUUUCGAGAACGUCCGCUAUGUUCCAAUCCCCCGUAUUGAAGUAGCGGAUCCCAUGGUUGAUGUUGUAAUCGAGAACCUGUGCCUCGAGGGCGACAACUUGAUGCCCAACGUUAUGGAGUUCGGCAGCGACAACUACUUCCGCUGGGGCCGCAAGAAGAUCUCCAACAAGAGUGAUAAUAAGAUCAUGAUUUCCAUGUCUGGUAUCCAGAUGGAUCUGCGCGAUGUUGGAUACUACAUCAAGAAGAAGGAGGGCUUCCCCACCAUCACCGAUCGCGGUAUUAUGGACAUCUUCCUCGGCGGCGACGGUCUCAGCGUGAAACUCGCUGCCUCUACCGCCCAGCCGAGCGACAAGGAGCACUUCUUCAAGCUUGACAGAGUGGAUGUGACCAUCAGGAACAUGGAUAUCAAGCUGAAGAAGUCCAGCCACAAGCUGCUCUUUUACACCUUCAAGCCCAUGCUGUUCCGCGUCGUCAGGCCUGCUCUGCAGAAGGUCGUCGAGGCCCAGAUCCGCGAAGCCUUCAAGAAGGGUGACCUCUUUGCCAAGGACGUCCACACCGAGGCGACGCGUGCCCAGGAAGCCGCCCGUGAAGACCCCGAGAAUGCGCCGUCCAUCUUCUCCCGCUACGCCGAUGCCAUCCGAGCUCGCAUGCAAGCCAAGGCCCAACAGGCCAAGAGCGCCGCCCAGCGUGAUACCCAGGUCCAAACCGUCAUGACCCUCCACGAUUCCCUGUUCCCUGGAAUCGAGCUUCCCGGCGCUGUAUCCACCAAGGCCACCGAGUACGCCGACCUGGCUGCCAAGGGCGCGCGCUGGGAGUCCCCCAUCUUCAGCAUCGGAAGCGCAGCCGAGUCCAGAGGCAUCCCAUCCGGCGGGCCCAUCACCAGGAAGACUGCCCGCCCUGCUAGCAGCAGCGGUGGAAAUGCCGCCGCUACUUCGAACGCUGGCAACGUCACUAACGGCAACAGGGUCUCCGGAUCCCAGCCCCGUGGCGGCUUCUCCGAUGAGGUUGAUAAGGCUUUCGUCAAUGGCAAGCCUCAUACCUUGGGUGAUUCCUUCAAGCAUGGCGCUGAUGGUGUCACUAAUACUACCGUGACUAACGGAGCUAACAAUUUUGCAACCGCUGUCUAA